AUGGGGUACGACAAGAAGGACGGUCAUCGUUCUUCCGGUAGACAUGGUAGUAGCAGUAGGAAACAUAAGACAAGUCGUGAAGGUGAUCGGGAGAGAUCUUCAAGAGGAAGAGAGAGUGAUCGUUCAGAUGCUCAGAGAAGAGUGAACGAUACGGCUAAGACUGUUGGCGAAGGUGCUGGGAAAGCAUAUGAUUCCGUGGCUGAUUUAUUUGGCGGGGAAAGAGAACUGGAUCGAACGAUUAGAAGAUAUAAUCCAACUUUCUACGAAUUUGCAGAUAAGACUUUCCUUGGUAAAUUUGGUCUACCCAAUAAACCUAGUAAAUUCUUGUUGUUUAUCAUAGCCUUAGGUUUAAUACAAUCGUUCAUACCCCUCUUGCAAUGGCCACUCGAUUUCGUUUCCCGCUGGCUUUCAUUCCUCUUCCUCUUCGGCACAGGCCUGGACGAGCUAAAAGCGGGAUUUGAGAGCAGUCGAAGAGCUCCAAAGAUCAAAUCACUCUUGACAGUUUUCGUGAUAGUAUCGGCAUUACAGCUCAUACCGAAUUUCUUAUUCCAGACGUAUUAUCAUUUCGGUGCAUUAUGGUCUUUCUUCCUACCCGUCAUACUAUUUAUCACACCAUUCAAAGACUCGCCCGAUCAGACUUUAGCUAGUCUAUUGUGCGAUACGUUCUUUGGAGGGGCUUCGAUGAUGAUUAGUGCUAUGAUACCUGAUUCGAUGAGUGGUGAGAAUAGUCAGAAUAUGGCAAUACUUGCUGGAGUAAUCACAGCUGGUUUGUUUUGGAUAGGCUACCUUGGUUCAAUGGCAUGUUACAUCCUAGUCUGGGCUUUUCUAUCUCUCUCAACGAUAAACACCCUAGGUCAACCAUUCAUAUCCAAAGAAGAAAGUUCAUCGGGGUUUUAUCGACAAAUGAAGAUCUGGCAUUGUACCAUGGCGAUAUGGUCAUGGCGUUACUUGAUCAGUGCGAUCGAGAGUAUCUCCAUACCAGGUAUAAUAUCUGUGAUAGGAUUGAUCCAGUAUUAUAUCCCGACCUACUUCCUAUGGAUGACUGGUUGGUGGUUCGCUAUGCUUAUGACGAAAAAGACAGAAAAGAGACAUCGAGCCGAUACGUGGUAUGCUAAAUGGCUUAUGGGAGUUGGCAGUGCCGCAUCUUCGUCGAGGUCGGGAUCGGGGAGGUCGGAUAGAGAUAGGCAAAGUUCUUCUGGGAGAUCAUCAGAAUCACGAUCGGGAUCGGGAGCAGGUAAACAUAGGUCAUCCAGGUCCGACAGGGAUAGGGAGAAAGAUAAAAAACGUAGAAAGUAG